CGACAUAUUUGGGAUCACUUGUUGCAUUCAAGGCAGUUAUUCUUCCCCGAUUCUCAUCUAAUCAGGACUGUUUCGUCAUCUGGAUACACUUUGAGCAUGUUUGCUUUCUUUGUUGUCGUCCUCCUGGGGUUGUGCUACUGCAGCAAGGAGAGCAGUGCUAAUGUGCUAGGACGUCCAGAGCUGGAUGGGCCCUCAGUGGCUUUAUUGGGUGACAUUGUAGAUUUCCAGUGUGAGGUGCUCAUCUACCCAGAGGAUGAAAACAUACAACUGCAGAUAUUCAAGGAGGGUGAUCGCAGCAAGGUGUUGGCUGAAUACACUUCCAUGAGCGGGGAGAUGGCAGUCAUGCCCUUGCUUAUCAUAUCUCUCCAUGAGGGCUACCUGGAGUGUGAGGCCAGUGUGCUGAACGACUCUCGCAUACAGCCCACUGUCAGCUACAGACACUAUCUGCAGGUGAUUGAGCCAGUGGACGGGGCAGAGGUUGUCGUCCAAUCAGGUGCAGUGGAGUUCUUUGAGGGGAAAACACUGAAGCUGCUCUGUAAUUUGACCGCUGGGAACCAUGUCUCCUACAGCUGGCUGCUGAAUGGCCAGCCUGUCUCUCAUUCUCCUCUCCACUAUACCACAGGGAGCCAACUCUUCGUCCAUAGACCCACCUCUCAGGACAGCGGGUCCUACAUGUGUGUGGCCACCAACCAGUUCAACAUGACCAGGAUCUUCACCUCCAACAGCUCGGAAGUUCUAAUCACAGUCAAAGAUGUGGUGUCAAAUCCUGAUAUUUCCUUCACCGUGUUAAAAGAGGCCACUGACCUCUACUAUGCCGUGGUUACCUGUCAGUCAACAAAGGGGACUCCACCCAUCACUUUUUCACUGUACAACAUAAGAGAAUUAGUGGAAAACAUGACAGUCAACGAGCUGAGUGCCGAGUUUGCUGUUCAGGUGGUUUUGGGGCAACACUUGGGAUGGAUUCAGUGCCAGGCAUACAAUGGAGACCAGACUGCGUAUAGCGAAUGGAAAGCUUUAGAAGUUGUGCCGGUUCAGGGGCCCGUGACAAUGCACUAUGACUACGACGUUGGAGAAGACUUUGCUGUGAUCGGCCUGAGGAUCUACUGCAAGGUGGCAAAGGGUUCACAUCCACGGUACCAGUGGUUCCUCAAUGAGACCCUUCUAGAGGGCCGAGGAACCUUCUACGUGGUGGUCGACCAGCCUCAACAACAGUCCAUACUCCUCAUCAGCGUAGGGAGGAGCAGCGCUGGGACGUACCACUGUGAAGCGUCGGACAGCUUUGAGUCCUUGGAUACCGCUGCCUUAAGGAGCAAGAAGUGGUAUUUAGAUAAAGAAGUGCUGAAUCGUCUCCCCAUCUCCGUGGUGGCUGCUGUCUUUGGUUGUUUCAGCUUCCUGGUUUCCUUGGUCUCCAUUUGUUGCUGUGUUGGAGUGGUGUACAGACGAAAGCAGUAUGCAGGGGAGUCUGUGUUGGACAUGAGGAUGAAAAGAGUGCUAGUUGCUUAUGAGGAUGAGCUGGAUUUGGAUAAAUACAGAGAGGAUGUUGACAUGGCGAACGCAACCAGAAUAGAUGACUCUGAUCAGGCUUCUGUAGCCUCUGCAGAUGAGUGGCCACUGAUUGAAGAGGAGAGGAAGACUUUGGAAGAUGAACCAGAUGAAGGCUCCCAGGAUCUGUAGUUACUCAGAUAAAUAUGACACAUCUGUCCAGGAUGCUCGGUGAAAGCGUGGACCAGUUAAACUGUAGUAACGUGACACACCACAAACACAGUCUGCCAUUUGCCUUAAAUUUAUCAGCAACUUAACAUAUGGAAGCUUCACCUCAUGUGCCGACUGACUUCACAUCGACUCCAUAUUCACAUGCUGAUGUCAACAGUAUCACAGGAUACAUCUUGAAUCCCCCCAUGUAGGUCAAGACCUGUGUUAACACUUGUACCUUACUCAUAAAUAAUUUAGAUUUAGAUUUGAAGAGCUUUGUUAUCCAAUAGGAGCCAUCGUCUCUUUCCACACAAAAUGAAAAAAGACACCACUCUCCCAUACUGACUACUGGCAUUAACACUAACACACAUUAUGGAGUAUUUUUUAAAUCUUUACUGUGGUAUAUUUUGGUGUAUUUUAACUGAUGCUUCCUUGUGUCAUUUUGUAGUCUAGCAUCUGUGUAGUUUUUGUAAGUGAUGUUUUCUUAUAUCUGAGAUGAGGCCAAG